AUGACGCCCUCAGGGCUCCUCGUGGCGGGUGUAUCCUUUGCAGUUUUCCGGGGUCUGCACUGGGGGCUGCAGCUGCUGUCCACACCUAGAUCUGCUGCUCAGCACCUUUGGAAGUGGCGGAACGUUUGUGUCUCUCUAGUGCACAGCCUGCUUACGGGGACCGGGGCGCUGCUUGGGCUGUCGCUGUACCCUCAGAUGGUCACCGAUCCGAUUCAUGACCACCCACCCUGGGCCCUGUCGCUGGUGGCUGUGUCUGUGGGUUACUUCCUGGCCGAUGGAGCUGAUAUGCUGCAGAAUCAGACUUUGGACCAGGUCUGGGACCUGCUCUGUCACCAUUUGGUGGUAGUAAGUUGCCUCAGCACGGCCAUUCUGUCUGGCCACUACGUGGGCUUCUCCAUGGUGUCCUUACUCCUGGAGCUGAACUCUGCCUGCCUGCACCUACGCAAGCUGCUGCUGCUUUCUCAUCAGGUUCCAUCCUUGGCCUUCACCAUAGCCAGCUGGGCUACCCUGGCCACUCUGGCCUCCUUCCGCCUGGUACCACUAGGCUGGAUGAGUCUGUGGCUGUUCCGGCAACGCCACCACGUGCCUCUUGCUCUGGGGGUUCUUGGUGGAAUUGGGUUGGUCACUGUGGGUGUCAUGAGCAUCAUACUGGGUGCCCGCAUUCUGGUCAGUGAUGUACUUCGGUCUCGGUCCCACCCAUCUACUCCUGGGCACAAGGAAAUUGAGGGGACUAGAACAUGUGAUGGUGAGCCUGCCAGACCUGACCACUGGGACAAUUCCAUUCUCAGCCUUAAAGACUAG